AUGGAAGCCACAGAUGCCUCCAGAAGCAACGGGGCCAGCCCGGAAGCCAGGGAUGCCCGCAACCCCCCGGGCCCCAACGGUACCCUGGAGAAUGGGGCCAAGGCCGAAGGCCAAGAUGCCAAGACCACCAACGGGCACGGCGGGGAGGCGGCCGAGGGCAAGAGCCUGGGCGGCGCCCUGAAGACAGGGGAGGGCAAGAGCUCCCUGUUCUCGGGGAACGAGUGGCGGCGACCCAUCAUCCAGUUUGUCGAGUCCGUGGACGACAAGGGCUCCAGCUACUUCAGCAUGGACUCUGGGGACGGCAAGAGGUCCCCCUACGCCGGGCUCCAGCUGGGGGCCAGCAGGAAGCCGCCCCUCUCCUUCGCCGAGAAGGGGGAGCUGCGCAAGUCCAUCUUCUCGGAGCCCCGAAAGCCCAUGGUGUCCAUCGUGGAGCCCGGGGAGGCCCGGCGGAACAGCUACCCCCGGGCCGACGGCGGCCUCCUCCUGUGCUCCAAGUCGGGCUCCGAGGAGGUCCUGUGUGACUCCUGCAUUGGCAAUAAGCAGAAGGCCGUCAAGUCCUGCCUGGUGUGCCAGGCCUCCUUCUGUGAGCCGCACCUCAAGCCCCACCUGGAGGGCGCCGCCUUCCGCGACCACAAGCUGCUCGAGCCCAUCCGGGACUUCGAGGCCCGCAAGUGCCCCCUGCACGGCAAGACCAUGGAGCUCUUCUGCCAGACGGACCAGACCUGCAUCUGCUACCUCUGCAUGUUCCAAGAGCACAAGAAUCACAGCACGGUGACCGUCGAAGAGGCCAAGGCCGAGAAGGAGACUCUGCAUUUGCGGUGCACGUGCCUGUCGGUGGACGCUGCUUGGGGAGGGCUGCAGUUUGUGGAUACUGGGCAGCCCCCCACUCCCCUGGUGCUCAAUGCGGGGGACGUGGCCUUCCUCAACAGCUUCUCUCUACGCCUCCGAUUGGGGCAGCCCGGGACCCCUCCCCGCCCAGGCUUCCUGGCCAAGAGUAACUACAGCUCCAGGGUCUGGGAAUACUCCUCCACCAUUCAGAACUCUGAUGAGGGGCCUGCAGUCCAAGGCAGCUCCUCCUUCUCCCUGAAAGGCUAUCCUUCCCUCAUCAGGAGCCAGAGCCCCAAGGCCCAGCCCCAGACUUGGAAAUCUGGCAAGCAGACUUUGCUGUCUCACUACCGGCCCUUCUAUGUCAACAAAGGCAAUGGGAUGGGGUCCAACGAGGCCCCGUGAGUUCCAGACAGGCAGCACACCGAGGCCCUGGCACCCCUGCCCUCCCCGGCUGAUCCUGCUGCUCUCGCUACUGUGCUCAUCUGCGUGGAAGGGGGACCCCCUCCUCCUUCCCCCCGUCAGCCAGGCCCCAUCCAGGCCCCUCUCCAGCUUUGGGACUUCUAAUGGUCACCAUCUCUCCUGUGCUCAGAGACCAGCCAUCGCAGGGGUGGGAGAUAGGUUGGCUUCUCUCCCCUAAUCCACCACCCUCCUCUUGGGUGGGAUUGCUGGGGCCCACGUGGUGGCAGCCUGCCUCUCCCACCCAUGCCCCUGCUGUCAUGAGGCCUGUUGGCCGUUUCUCUCCAAGGCUUCUUCCCCGUGAUGUGGUCAGUAGGUGCUUGGCCAGGAUAGUUGCCCGUCUCUCAUCCACGUGGGCCCAACUUCUCCUUCCCACCAGCCCGGCCCCAUCAGGAGGCCGAGCCUGCAGCCCUGGGCCGCCGUGGAGGGGAAGCUCUCAGGGUCUCAGCAUCAUCCCCACCUUGCCGGGCGUCACCGUAACCGUGCGGAGUCCCGAGGUCCCUGGGGAUGGGCUCUCCUGGCUGCAAGGAUGGUCUUAGCCAAAAUAGGUCCCUCUUCUACCUGCUGAGAUAAGCAAUUCCCUCAACAUGAUAUAAUCCAUCCAUGAACAUAGUUCCUGGCCCAGCCGCCCAAGGGACAUGCCAUUUUCCUCUGGAAUCCUGGUUGUCCUGCUGUUCUGUGUCCUCCCUGGCGACGGCAAGUGAGCAGGCCGGGGACGGUGUGUCUCGGCUGGUCACUUGCAAUUUCCAGGUAACUGCUGCUGUUAUUUCUAAGGGUAGCUUACCCACCGCCGCCCACCCUCAUCCACUGCCCCCAUCCGUCUUCCUCCUCCCUCUGACUACCUUCCAUGUCGCACGCUGUCAUGGGGCGCAGGGCCUGGAGAGGGACCAAAGUAGGAGCAGCAAGGUGGGGCCCUUCCUCCUCUCACCAUCCCUCCCAAGGG